AUGCUCGGUCUGUUGCUGGCCCUCUCAUCGCUCCUUGUCUUAGUCCUUGGACGAUUCAAUCCUGAGCUUGCGAACAAAGUUUGCAGACUCAGCCCGGACGCAUCUGGUGGUGAUGACUCUCCGGCAAUUGUAACGGCCUUCGAGCGAUGCUCUGAGGACAGUACCAUCAUAUUUGAGAGCGGCACUUAUCAUAUUGAAAGUGUCAUGAACACGACUGGGUUGAAAAAUGUCAAGAUUGACAAUCGCGGCUAUCUUCUAUGGGGUACUGAUCUCGAUUAUUGGAGAAACAACAGCCUUCCACUAGGGUACCAAAAUCAGACAACGGCGUGGAGGCUCGGUGGAACUGAUAUCUUAUGGGUGGGGCACAAUAUUGGAACAUUUGACGGAAACGGGCAACUAUGGUACGACCUUGCGGCGGGAGCCUCGAACUUAGCGGGACGGCCUAUUAGUCUUGUCAUUACGAAUACAUCUGACUCCGUCUUCGAUGGCAUGCGAUUUGUUCAAUCCCAGUUUUGGUCCAUGGCAAUCACGUAUUCCGAGAAUCUCUUGCUCCAGAAUAUUUACGUCAAUAGUACUUCGAACAACUCGAACCCUGUACAGAAUACUGAUGGCGUUGAUACGUUUUAUUCCAACAAUUUGGUGUUCCGAAAUUGGACUGUCGAUAACGGAGAUGACGCCAUUUCUCCGAAGGCCAACUCCUCGAAUAUAUUAGUGCAGGAUUCACACUUCUACCAUAGCGGUGGCAUUGCGAUAGGCUCUAUUGGGCAAUACUUGGAAGUAUACGAAUUCAUCGAGAACGUACUUGCGGAGCGCAUCAUUUGCACAGAGUGCUCACAACCUGGGUAUGUCAAGACGUGGACUGGUAUUCAGAAAGGAUUCCCACCUAACGGUGGAGGAGGUGGAAUCGGAUAUGCUAGAAAUAUCACAUUCAGGGACUUUGAGGUGGGAAACUUGACUCGUUCCGCGGCGUACAUUACGCAAUGCACGUCAUACAACGGACAAACCGGUGGAUGCGAUACUUCGCAGUUCCAGAUUUCUGACAUUACCUGGGAGAAUAUCCGUGGGACUGUGGACACGGAUAUCCUUGCGGAAUUACAGUGCAGCGCCGCCGCUCCAUGUCCCGAGAUUAGCCUACUCGGGUUUGAUGCGGUCCAGACAAAUGGAUCUGGGAGGGAGAUUGAAUGUAGCAAUGUGGUUGAUCCUAUAGGGUUCCAGUGUACGAACUGA